AUGGCAUCUAACCACCACUACGAGCGCCUCUAUGCCAUCGGGGUCAUCCUCGUUGGUUCGGGAAUCAUCACGUGUUUGUUGAACUACAUCAACCUCGAGACCCACCCUUUCUUGACCUCCUCCAAACGAGGCAGAGCUCUUCAGAACGUGUGCAGCCGUAUUUUCGAGCAUAUCCUCAAGGCCAUCUCGGUAUCUGAUCCGCUAUCACCUCCGCCGAGCGCUUCCACACCAGCUUCGCGUGGCUACCUCGAGACUCUCCCACGACGCAGCGGCCCCCGUCCGCUCAUCACCGGCAUCCGCCGCCCUCAUCAGGUCAGCCAACUGUCUCUCCCUCCAGAGAAGCAGACGCAUGUCUCGGACCGCGUGCGGCAAGUCAUCGCGGACAUCUCGGCGCGAUAUCCUGUGGCGACGUAUCUCGGCCGAUCGUCGUUCGAGCCGGGCCCCUCGGGCAGCCCAACGACGACGCUGUACGCUCGCCACCGCAUGUUCGACGAGACGAGAUACUACGGCGAGAUCCUCCGAGCCAGUGGUCUCGACGGGUCGAUCCAUUGCACGCUCCACCCGCACGACGUCAAGACGGUGAUCGAAAAGGGCUGGGGCGAGAGACACCCGCUGUCGACGCGACUUGCGUACUGGCCCACGCGGGUGUUUUGCGACAUUCCAGCCGCGCCCACCGCCGACUCGCGCGUCGUGCUGUAUGCACCGCGGAAUCAGUCUGAUCUCGACGCUAUCAGCCAGGUCGUCUGCGCUGCAGUGUGGUGGGUCGGAGGCAUUGAUACUACGAUUGACGACGAGUCGUCUUGA